AUGCUUGCCGUCUGUUUCUUUUCCCAGGCGCGUGUACGGCGCGCCUGCGGCACUUGCUUAGGGAUGACCAACGCGCCGGAAACAAUGGUUAAGAUGUACAUUCCGGCUGUGAUGGACGGUGUCCCGGCGAUACUUUAUCAUCAAUCGAGUCUAAAAAAUGGCGGCGAGUUAAGCAUGAGUGUGGCUCAAAUGAAAAGCUCAGUUCCCCGGCAUGAACCCAAUCUCAUUCCAAAUCGGGCCUCGAUUCCACUCAACAAUAGUGUUGCCGCUGCAAUAGGCGUGUUGCUGUUGAAUCCCUACGGGAUUUCUUCGACAUCAUCUGCUUCGCUGCUCCGGCGAGGACGACAAUUUUAG